AUGUCUUUAGUUUCUGCGGUAACUGGCGACGAAUCCAGGGAUACUAAUGGUGCAGAACAAAGUUCUGUUUACCAGAGUGCCGGUAAACCAUUAUCCAAGGAGGCUCUAUACAGAGCAAAAUUGAAGUACGGUGUGUUCCAGUCUCCAGCUCAGUCUCUGAAGGCCGGCGUGGUUAAUGGUAAGGAUGCUUCAGAUACUGCUGCCAAUUUGGCAACGAGCAACAAGACCACCAUCGAAGCCUACAAAAGGUUAUUGAAUCCAAAUGCUUCGAAGGCAGCUAAUGCGGUCAUUACUCCAAAGAAAACUGACCAAUCCAGACCAGCCAGUGCUGUAGUUUCGUCUGCUGCGUCUUCUGCUGCAAUUGCUGCUCCCAAGGCUGCUAGGUCUAGGACCUCUAGUACAGCAAGUACUACUGUAACCUAUGUCAAUUCCAGUUCUUCUUCGCCAUUGCACUCUAAGACACCAAAGAUGGAUAUUACUAAAGUUUUGGCGGGUGCUGAAAGAAACGCUGCUGAAAGUGUUCAUCAACGUACUAAUCCAGAAAAGGUUUCUUAUGUGAGAGGUAUCACUGAUCGUUCUGUGGGCAAAGCUGCUGAUGCAAGUUUCUCUCUAACUUCUGAUAUUGUAUCUAAUUUACCUACCAAAAAGGAGUACAUCCAAUCCGCUGAAAAGGAAUCUCAUGCAGCUGAAUGGGCACAGAAAGCUGUUGCUGCAUUGAAGGAUUUCAACCCGGAUGAUGUCACCGACAAGAACUGGAGAGAGAGGGAAGAAGAAAGGAAAAGGCUUAUCAAGAACUUGACUUCAGAAACAGUCCUAACCAAAGCUAAACUGAACGCUCAACAACGUUUGGAUACCAUUGAUCGUGAGACUUCUCAAAGGGCUAUCUUUAGAAACGCGGAGUAUAACAGGGCUGCUGCUAGUGUCGCUCAGGAAAAUUUAAGAAAGACUCGUUCUUCUGCUUCUGCUACUGCCAAUAAAGUAAAUUUGGGCGGUGGUUUAUGGCUAGCUCCUGAUGAUAUCGAUAAUAUUGCGAAGGGUCUCAUUGCACCAGUGCUUGAUGAAGUUGACCAAAGAACCGGCGCUCAACGUGCAAUGGACAUUGAUAUCCAAAAAAGAAGCGUGGAUUACCAACAGCAAUACGAAGAAUGGGUCAAUAUUCAAACUGAAAAGCAAAACAAUGAUUCUUUGCUACAGGCUAAAGCUUUCGAAAAUCAUCAGAAGGAAACUGCUGAUAUCGAAGCUACUUUGGCCAAAAAGUUCCAGAAUCUUUGUACGCAGAAGGACAGUGAGGUCGCUAAAUUAAAAGAGGCACUCGAAGCUAAGAAGGCGGAACUUGCUAAAUUAAAAGAGGAUAAUGAAGAAGAGCUAAAGAGAGAGGAUGAAAUGAUUACAACAGAAUGUGCCGACUUACAAAAAAGCAAUGAAAAUGAACUUGAACAGGCUAAGAAAGACCAGGAAGAGUUACUGGUUCCAUUCAAAAAUGACCUCGCUGCUGCAGAAGACCAUCACACGGAGUUACAGGAUCAAAAGGGUAAAAUUGAAGAAAAUAUCCAGGAGCUUCGUGAUUCAAUUGAAAAACAUAAAUCUCAUGUAGAAGAAUUAAAUGCUCAAAUUGAAACACAGCAACAGCAACUGGAAACAGAGACUGAAGCUUUAAAUCUCCAGUCUGAAAGCCAUCAACAGUUGAAAGAUGGUAUCGAAACCAAUUAUGUCAUAAUGGCCGAAAAAGCAAAGGAAGAAGCCAAGGUUUCCAGUGAAGAAGCAAGGGUCAAGCAAUUGGAAGUAGAUGCGAUAAUUAACGAACGUCAAACUGAACUAUCAAACACCGAAAUUGAAGUAAAGAGGGAAAAACUUAAAUUAAUUGACGCUAUGAAAGAAGUUGCUGAAGUAAAGAAUGAGGAUAAAAUUGACGAAGAAAAGGCCAAGGCUUUCCUGGGAACAACAUCUGGAGAAUUCCUUGCUAGCCAAAAAAAAGUUGAGCCAGCAACUAAAUUGCAAUCUGACCCAAAGUUAUCAGAACCUUCUUCAAAAAGUACCAAAAUUGAAGGUGUUACUGGAAAUGUUAAAGCGGAUGUCCCUGCCUCUCCACCUGCUCACAAAAAGCAUUCAAUUGGAGGAUUAACCUCUCCAUUGAAAUCAAAGAAAAAAUCUGAUAAGGACCAGAAAGGAUCUUCUAUCAAGAAAUUUUUUGGUUUGAAGCCAUCUGAUCAAAAUAAGAAUACAAAGACCACGCAACCAACUCCUCUUAAAAGUUCCCCAAAGCCUUCUAAUAAACCAGUAACGGCAACUGUCACAACCGAAAAGAAGGAAAAUGUUGAACCGAAAUCUACAGCAACAGAAACCAAACCUUCACUGGAACCAUCAUUUAGUGGCUUUAGUCAAGGCUCCGUUCAUAAUAAAGUCGAACAGUCAGAUGCUUCUGAAGUAGAAGGUGGAAAAGAAGAGCCUACUUCCAAGGACAACAGAAAGUCCUUGUUCAAAGAAGUAUUUUGA